CUAAGUCUCCAGCCACAGAGGGAGUCACUGCACUGGCGCCUGAGUAGCUAAGAAGUCAAGAUGGCUCAGGUCCCUGACCUCUUUGAAGACCUGAAGAGCUGCUACAGUGAAAAUGAAGAAUACAGUUCCGAAAUUGACCAACUCUCUCUGAAUCAGAAAUCCUUCUAUGAUGCAAGCUACGACCCAUUUCCCAAGAACUGCAUGGGCCAAUUCCUAUCUCUGAGUACCUCUGAGACCUCUAAGACAUCCCAGCUUACCUACAAGGAGAGUGUGGUGGUGGUGGCGGCCAAUGGGAAGAUUCUGAAGAAGAGACGGUUGAGUUUCAAUCAGUUCAUUACCGAUGAUGACCUGGAAACCAUUGCCAAUGAUCCAGAAGAAGAAAUCCUCCAGCCCACGUCAGUACCUUACAGCUUCCAGGGCAACGUGAAGUACCCCUUCAUGAGGGUCAUCAAAAGGCAUUUCAUCCUGAAUGACAACCUCCACCAAAGCAUCAUUCGAGACACAUCAGGCCGCUUCCUCAUGGCCGCCACGUUAAAUAAUAUGGACCAAGCAGUGAGAUUUGACAUGGGUGCUUAUAAAUCAGAUGACCUUAAACGUCCUGUAACUCUGAGAAUCUCAGACACGCGACUGUUUCUGAGUGCGCAAAAUGAAGGCGAACCCGUAUUGCUAAAGGAGUUGCCUGAGACACCCAAAAUCAUCACAGAUGAGACCAACCUCCUCUUCUUCUGGGAAUCUCAGGGCAGUAAGGACUACUUCGAGUCAGUUGCCCAUCCAAAGCUGUUUAUUGCCACAAAGCAAGAAUACCAGGUGCACAUGGCAAGUGGGCAUCCCUCUAUCAUUGACUUGCAGAUACUGGAAAACUACGCUUAACUCUGAAGUCUACUUACUUGUGAAAUGCUGACAGCCCAUAUGUACCGUGUACAUGAAGAAGUCAAAUCCUUUGCUCUUAGUCACUUGCUGAGCAUGUGCUAAGCCUUCGUAAUUCUAAAUGAAUGUUUACUCUCUUUGCAAGAGAGGGAAUAAGGUCUAGUGAACCAACACUAAUAUAUGAUAUUGCUUUUUAUUUAAGGAACACCCUAUACUAUGCAAAGUACCAAUCAUUUUAACUAUUAUUAUUCAUCACAAUCUUGGGAUGAAUAAUAAUAAUAAUUAUUAUUAGACAGGUAGAGUCUUUUUGGUAGUCAAAAAGACUCUACCUGUAUUACAUACAGGUUAACUAAGGCACAAGAAAACUAAGAAAGGCCCACAAUGGCAGUUGGAAUGAGAAGCCGUAGACCCAGGAUUUCAUUCCAUCUGCUUGCCUCCUGCUAUUAAGUUGCUGAUGGAUACUUAAUCAAAUACCAAAAGUUUCUGGGACUUCAUUUUGAUCAUCUUCAAAAUGGAGGGAAUGUCCUUUCUGCCUCAACAGUAUUUUAUGACAAUCAAUGAGAUCAUUUCAGUAAAAUGCUUCUUGAAGCUGAGCCUUAAGAAUAAAGCAAAGCAUGGAA